AUGGAAAAUAUAAUGAAAUUCCUUCAUUUAAUGAAUGACCUAAAACAUAUCCCAAGAACAGGAUGGGUUUAUAACAAUGUUCCUAAUCCUGAAAGUAUUAGUGAUCAUAUGUAUCGUAUGGCUAUUUUGGCUAUGAUUUUUUGUCCAAGUCAUUUAGAUAGAAAUCAUGCAAUUAUGGUAUCCUUAUGUCAUGAUAUGGCAGAGGCACUUAUUGGAGAUAUAACACCAAAUGACCCUGUCACUCCAGAAGAAAAACAUAAACGAGAAUUAAAUGCAAUCACAGAAAUGAGUAAAUUAUUACCAAACGAAAUUGGUGAAGAGAUUAAAAAUUGUUGGAUUGAAUUUGAAGAGAAAAAGACAGAAGUUGCUCAAUUUUGUGCACAAUUAGAUAAGAUAGAAAUGUGCAUUCAAGCAGAUGAGUAUGAAAAAAAAUUUGGAUUAGAUCUUCAUCAGUUCUUUACGUCUAUGCCAGAAAAACCAAUUUCUACUGUUAAACCACUUUGUGAAGAAUUAAUGAAAGAAAGAAAACAAACUAAAUGA